GGAACUUUUGCUAAGUCUAUGCCUUCGAAUUUUUUAUUAUUUUAAAAACAACAAUUCAGCGGUCUUAUCUAUACAGAAAAAGAAACAUUAUGCAAACGAAUUUUAAGCGUUUAAAUAGAUGGUCAGUUGGGACUUAAAUUGAUUGAUUUGUAGUCAUAUGUUAGGCAAAAGGCAUCCUGAUACUACGAUGAGUUACCUUACAUUCCUAGCCUGCGUCUGUCUUGCCGUUGUUUCUGUUACAGUAAGUAACACUAGCGUUGACUUCUUAGGUUAGCUUUGUUAGCUUAGUGCAGUCUUAACAAAUACUUAGUGCAGUCUUAACAAAUACUUAGUGCAGUCUUCACAAAUUCUUAGUGCUGUCUUAACAAAUACUUAGUGCUGUCUUAACAAAUACUUAGUGCAGUCUUAACAAAUACUUAGUGCAGUCUUAACAAAUACUUAGUGCAGUCUAAACAAAUACUUAGUGCAGUCUUAACAAAUACUUAGUGCAGUCUUAACAAAUACUUAGUGCAGUCUUAACAAAUAAACAUUUUAAUAAUAAAUGAGCCGACAUUGUAAGUUCAAGGAUAUUAUGUUUUCUUUAGGUGAAUUGUAAUGAUUAAAGCACUGAAUAAAAUAUCAUGCGAUUGCCUUGGUAAUAAAGACCACUCGAAAGUGGACCCCCCAAAAAAAAGAAUCUCAAGCAUUGAGAUCAUAAAUAAUAUAGAGACAUUUCAUAUUUUAUCUUAUUACCGUAUAAUCUUAUUCGAAACUCAAUUUCCGUCCUACGAUUUAACAUACAUGAAUGAUGCUCGGGGACACUGUGGCAAAAGUCACGUCAUUAUACCGUACCACUUCCAGGCAGCUGUCGACAAGACAUGCACAGACAACUCCCAGUGCGACGCGGGAGAAUGCUGCCAGAUCCUCAGUGAGUUCAUGAUCGUAAGUAAAAGGGCCACCUCCGGCACAUGCCAGAAAUACGCCCUGGAGAGCGAGCCGUGCGGCUUGUACGAUCGAAUCAACGGCUACUGCAGCUGCACCCCAGGGACGACCUGCACGGCAGAGGAGGUUCUCAUCCCGACCACGCCGGGGUUGCAGAAGCGGAAACCCGUCCCACCCCGCCCAGGGUACAUGUACAAUAUUAACUGUGUCAAGAAUUAGAAGCGAGUCCAGUUCAAAGUUCGUUCAAAAUAGAUAAGUCACGUUAAACUACAAAUAUUGUCCUGCUGUAUAACUCGAAUAAUAGUGUCAUGCUGUCAGGUUCAAUAAAAGCAUUAUCAAGUGUUGGCGAUAGAGUCAGAAGCAUUCACUUAGAAACCUUGUUUAAAUGACAAAUUCGUCUUUUAAUAAAUGACUGGAGAACUGAAGCAAAUCUCUAGUCCUUAAUCUAUUUUCACCAACUUUAAUAAUAUUAAAAUACUUCACAGUCAUACUGGAAAAAAAAUAGUUGUAAUUUGUAAUCAAACAAACACAGCAAAGGAAACUAUCACUAAUAAUAUUGUAUUUGUGCCCAUAAAAAGUCAGUAACAUAAUUACUGCUGCACCAGUUAGUGCCUAAAAUCAUUAAGUAAAAUUUACUUGAAGAGAAUUUUCAUUUUUAUAUCUAAUAAUACCAUAUGGAAACCAUGAAUCAAUCGAAUGGUUAGUUUUCUAAGAAAUACAAGACCAGUACUAAACACA